AUGCAGAGAUUGCAACAGGGAAGUCAUGUUCGCGCAGGCUCGCUGGGCGAGUAUGAUCCUGUGCCACUCUCUUCUCAGAAGUUGAAAUUUACUGGUGGAAAUUUCUCUUGGACUUUCCUUCAAGUAGGCAAUACAACAUUGGGCAUCAUUGGCAACUUGCAGAGUAUGGUGGAAGCAUGCAUUAACUUGUUCCCCUCACAAAUAAGUGAAUUUGUCGACCCUAUUCUCAAACUCCUCCAAGACGAUUAUGUGUCAGAGAUACAGUUGCGUCAUUCAACAUCAAAGAAUUUUGCAAUUUACUUCAUCUAA